CACACUACUCGCCGGCUGGACGUUAGCUCUUUCAGCUUCUUUUGAGGUCAUUAGGGGUGAAGGAAAGAAGUCCUAUCUCUAGCAGAGAAAGCGUGGACAAGCGGCAUUGUGGUUCAGGCUCACGUGUGAUUUGCCUGGGACAAACUAAUAGUGCCCUCCACAGUAGUGUGCACAGGGCGUUGGCACUCUAAAUACACUGUAAUUUAAAUCUUGGGCUCGUUUAACCCUGUUUGGUAGUCCGGAGACAUGAUCACAGGCUUGUUGUCGUGUUAGAGAACCUGUAAGCCAUCAGAUUACAGGCCUUGCACAGUCUCACUUCUACACUCACGUACUGUCACGUGAUAAGAACAAAUUCAUUUUUCCAAAAUUGGCAACCUCCAAACAUCAACCCACGCGAUCAUAGGAUCCUUCAUCCCAUCACAUUACAUAAUUUUAUCAAGAUGGCACAAAGGAUAGUCCCCGAGAUGGUUCACUAUUCACAACAGGCAAUAUUUAAACCACGACUGGGUCUUGACCCGAAUGCACUCCGCGUACCAGCUCCAUGGGAACGGGUUAAACCUGUAAGUCAGCACCACUUGCUUAUAGCUGCAUAUUUCGACGAAACAUGGACGCGGAAAGUGCUUGCCGAUGAGAAAAUUGGGAUUCUCGCGAAGAGACAUAUGUUCAACCCGCGAUUUGAACCUAUCAUUCGAGAGAGAAUUCCUAACAAAUAUGCUUUUCGUCUGGAUUGGGUUUUGAAAGAGCUUGCAGAUGAGCGAUCUAGCUUCACGAUGGAUCCUUCUGAGGCCGAACCUGAAUUAAAUAUUCAUGAAGAAACCGGAACGGUUAGGAUAAAUGUCGAAAGAAAAAGAAGCAGUGCAUAUAUUCCGAUAACCUCCCAGCCAUUCGUUGAAUUCCAAAGGUCUCUACUUCGCAAGAUCGAAAAAGAAUUCCCCCCGAGUAAGAUUAUUGGACAGAAGCCUGAAGGAUGGUUACGUACUUGGUCAAACUUACCAGAAAGGCCAUCAAAGCUUUUUUCAUUUCCAACGAGAGGAGUUCCAAGUCACAUUCUAAAUGAUCUAGAGGAUAUUAGGCUCUGCUUGGAAACGAUUGGCCCAGCUCGAGUUAAUGGCUUCAAGCUGAUGCACUUCAAAACCCAACGCGUUACACAAGAGCACAAAGAGACGAUCAUCAAGUAUUAUCCGUUCAAGGAUUGUUUGGAUGACUACCAAAAUCGUCCCCUGUUUGACACAGUUUGAUAAGAUCUAUGUUCAACAAUGAGGGAUUUAUGAACAGCCUCUCUUCACCACCUCUCUUCUGACCUUUGGAGUUUCACAGUUCAUUCUCCACAUAAUACUUUUGUGUUACCUCGGAACAACCUCGAAUGCCGAAUUUGGUCACUCAUUUGGUGGGUUAUUUCUAACUGAGUUCGAGGGGAGGAUCGCAAUAGUCAUCCGAAAAUGCUAUUCCAAUUAUAUCAUCAUAGGAGCUCACUCUUUCCGUUCAUGGCAUCAAGAGAGUCGUAGGUCGGUGUUCGAGGCGCUUCGGGCUGGAAUGUUUUACAUUAUGAUAGGUCGCUGUCGCUCUAAUCAAUUACUGCGGCCUCCAAAGAGUUUCGAGUGAGCUCUUGCAUUGGUGACGAGGUACCUUGGAGGCGAUUGGAAGGGCCAGGGGCGUCCAGUUGUAUUAUACCAGGCUUCGCCUCGAAAUGAGGUUUAUCAGCCUGAGUGUAUCUUAUUCGUGAAGGAUCUUAUAGUGCUCAGAUAAUGGAAUGGGACGCUGCCUUAUGAUUGCCAAUUUUACUAAAUAUGCACAUAAA